AAUGUAACUGAAAUCUCUCAGAUCGAUAUCAGUUUUUCUAUUAAUAAAAAAAAUCUUGUGUCAUCAAUAACCGACAGGAUUUAUGAUAAAAAAAGCUGGGAUUUAAUAAGUGAUAUUGAUUUGAGUGGAAAGGAGCUAGUUUCAUUGAAUGAUCUAAUGAAUUUAUUGCCAAAUCUCCGGACGUUGAAUAUCUCUAACAAUAUGAUAAGGUUUUUGGAUGGGUGUCCGAAAAAGAUAGAUUCGAUUAUUGGUGUAAAUAAUAAAUUUGAUGGAACAUGUUCAUUUUCUAAAUAUAGAGAUUUGGAGUAUUUGAAUUUGAUGAGAAAUUCAUUAGAAAAUUUGAUGAGUUUCAAGCAAUUGAUUCAUUUGAAGGAGUUAAAUGUUCGAUAUAAUAAGAUUAAUGAUUUAUCAGGAAUAGGGUAUAUUCAGAAUUUGAUUAAAGUUGAUUUGAGAAACAAUCGGAUUAAAGAAGGUAUCAAUUUUAAGAAAUGGAGACGAUUGAUUCAUUUAGAGCAGAUAGAUUUGUCUAAUAAUAGAAUUUUGGAAAUCAAGGGGACAAAAUAUUUGAAAAAACUAAGGAUAUUAAAAGCCGAUAAUAAUAGAAUUGAAAAAGUC